AUGCCCGCGACGCGCACCCAGAAGCAGACCAGCCGUGACACCUCGUCGCCUCGUGCCGCCAAGGAGAAGAAGAUCCCGCGCCCCCCCAACGCAUGGAUUCUUUACCGGAAGGACACGGUCGCCCGGCUCAAGAAAGAGGACUCCACGGUCUACAGCUCAAUGAACCAAAAACUGUUGUCCAAGAUCAUCGGUCCGAUGUGGCACGACGCGCCGGCCGAGGUCCGCCGCGAGUACAAGGAACUCGCCAUCGUCAAACUCGCGGAACACAUGCAGAUGUACCCGGGGUACGUCUACCGCCCUAGGACGAAGGCGCAGAAGGAGGCGCUGCAAAAGGCCAAGACGAUUGCAGCUAAGGAGAAGAGGGCGCGCGCGGCCGAGGAGAAGACGGCGAAGGCUGCGUCCCGUGCAACGUCGGCACGCGCACCGCGCACACGCAACGCUCCUUCGGAGAAUGACCCGCCUCCGCCGGAUCCUUCGCAAUCAGCGGUGUCUCGCCGCAAGUUGCGGACGUCCGCGGCCUCCACGUCUGAGGCGGUACCUAGCGCACCCAGGACGCGCCAGACUCAGGACACUACUGUGUUCCCCGGCAUGGGCGUCUUCUCGCUCGUCGACUCCGACGCUGACUCGCGGCUCUCGUCGGCCACGCCGGAGCUUGAGUACGACGGCGAGGUUAUGCAGUGCCUGCCAUUCCCCCUCCAGCCUACGGCGACCGCCUUUGUUCCGGAUGUUGCACCCGGCUCGGGCUUCGUGCAAUACACUGCGUCUGGCUUUCCCCCCGCCGUCGAAGCCUCCUGCAGCGUCCCUCAGGCCGUCCAGGGGUGGUCAUCUCAGGCCCCGGGCGGGGACCUCCUCCCCGGCUUUACGAUGGCCUCUCCAGGACUAUCCAGCGAUUUUGACCCACUCGGCCUCUCGCGCGAGUGGUACGGGCUGCCGCCGAGGGAGCUCGACGCGUCAUUCCCUGACCACUUGCCCAUCGCUGGGUUGACGGGCCCCAUCGACCUAGAAGACGCGGUGUUCGCGUUGAACAACGCACAAUCGAGCGGCGUGGCUUGGAUGGUGCCCCCUCCGGUCAUGAACGUCGAUACACCGAACUCCAUCACUCUUAGCCCCUUGUUCAUGUACGAAGGGUCUUCCGCGAGCGAGAACGACGCGCUUGCUUCCGCGAUAGACGCAUCUGAGGCCCACUACCCCAUCGACGCGUCGACAGUCAACGCCGCCGCAGACAACCUCCCUCCGGCCUUCGAUGGCUUGCUUGCGGAGGUGCUCACCUACACGGAGCCUUCCGCCCAUGCGACGUCCCCGGACUCCGAGUCCGUAUCCGCAGAACCUCAACAGUACGUCUGGGGCGACGACGUGGGCUCGCAGCGUUUCCAAGAUACCGCCGGCGACUUCGACAAGGUUGACAGGCUCUUGGCAAUGAUUGGAGUCUCCGUGGGGCCGUCGCUCUGAACAUCGACUACGAGCCCAUCUUCGUCGACGCCCGUACCCUCCAACAUACCGAUACCCACGCAGCACAAUGCGGCCUACGGCACGUCUCUUUCCUCGAUGCUGUCCGUCGACUGUCACGCCGUGGUCGUCAUCGUCCUAGUAUUGGUAUGUGGGUCUGGCCUGGCUGCGCGCUUUCGGACGACGACAUCGGCAAGCGCGACUAGGUCUUCCUCUGGGAGCGUCGUGUAUCUCCCGUCGCUGGCUCGGUCCUUUUCCCCUCCCCUCUCCGCCUCAAUUCUUCUCUGUUUC